AUGGCGCCGUCAAAAGAAGUUGCCGUCGUUGGCUCCAAUGCCCUGGCCUCAAUUGACCCUGACCAGACUCUGAAAGCCUCCAAGGCCCUCCUCGCGCACAUCAAAAAGGCCGCCAAGGAAACCUCCAAGGAGUCAGCCAAGCGAAAUCUCCUCGAGGACGAGGAUGACGAAGGCACCCCCAUCUGGCUGACGCUCACCACGAAGCGCCACAUUGCCGACAAGGCUCGCCUCCAGCCCGGCAAGAUCCCCGUCCCGCACUCGCUCAACACGGACGAGAACACCACCAUUUGCGCCAUCACCGCCGACCCCCAGCGAGCCUACAAGAACAUCAUCGGCUCAGACGAGUUCCCCGCGGAGCUGAGCAAGCGCAUCACCCGCGUCAUCGACUUUAGCAAGCUCAAGACCAAGUACGGCCAGUACGACGCCCAGCGCAAGCUCUUCUCCGAGCACGACAUCUUCCUCGCCGACGACCGCAUCAUCAACCGCCUGCCCAAGGUCCUCGGCAAGACAUUCUACAAGACCACCGCCAAGCGGCCCAUCCCCGUCGUCCUCUCGGCCAAGCGGCCCAAGGUCGACGGCAAGCGCGUCAAGCGCGACAGGACCACCAAGGACAAGGACGACGGCGUCAACGCCGGCACAGCCGCCGACAUCGCCAAGGAGAUCGAAAAGGCCCUCAGCUCCGCGCUCGUCAGCCUGUCCCCGACGACCAACACCGCCGUCCGCAUCGGCUACGCCCACUGGACGCCGGAGCAAAUCGCCGACAACGUCGACGCCGUGGCGACCGGCCUCGUCGGCAAAUGGGUGCCCCAGGCGUGGCGCAACGUCCGCAGCAUCUACAUCAAGGGCCCCACCACCGCCGCCCUGCCCGUCUGGCUGACGGACGAGCUGUGGCUCGACGAAAAGGACGUCAUUGCCGACCCGGAGGCCGGGCAGGGCAGCACCAAGGCCGAGAAGCCCAACGUCGGCAAGAAGCGCAAGUCGCUCGGCGCGGGGGCCGACCCCGAGCCCGCCGAGCCCGCCGCGCCCGCCAAGAAGGCCAGGAAGGCGGACAAGCCUGCCGCCGAGAGCAACGACGACAAGCUGGACAAGCAGAUUGCGGAGCGAAAGGCCAAGUUGAGGAAGCGCAAGGCCGCGGCGGCCAAGGCCAUGGAUGACUGA